AUGGUGAGGAGUGAUCCGUGGCGGACGGAAACGCGCCAUGGGGGUGGCGAUCUGGGAUAUCGCCAGGAGACGGGAGCGUAUCGCUCGCCGGAUGCAAGUUAUCGCCGUCGCGAAGAUCGGAGGCGCGGGCGAGGCUUGGAAGGACUGUUUUCGGGCCGAGAGGGAGACCUCAACGCUGGCGGAGUAGAAGAAAGCGACGCGGCGGACACCUCGCAGGAGUCCGAGCACGGCGAUGCGGCGGAGAACGGCGCCGACGGCCGGAAGGAGGACGUGAGCAAGCAGCGCGACGUGCCUGCAGAAGCAACAGAAGCAGAUCUCGCGCAGGCGAGCAUGGCGGCAGAGACAAGCGCGGUGGAGGCGGACGGAACGAGUGGUGCUCGAAACCCGCCGCGCAACGUAGAGGAGCGUGGCAGCGGGAGGCGUAGCAGCAGCUCGCGCUCUCCAGAUUUGCGUCAGCAAUGCGACGCGGGAUGCGGCGACGGCGUGCGCUCGCCAGAUCACCGGCGCACUUGUGAUGGGGGGCGCGGCGACGGCGUGCGCUCGCCAGAUCCGCGGCGCACUCGUGAUGGGGGACGCGGCGAUGGUGUGCGCUCGCCAGAUCCGCGACGCACUCGUGAUGAGGGAAGCGGCGACGGCGUGCGCUCGCCAGAUCCGCGGCGCACUCGUGAUGGGGGACGCGGCGACGGUGUGCGCUCGCCAGAUCCGCGGCGCACUCGUGAUGGGGGACGCGGCGACGGCAUGCGCUCGACAGCCGGGGAGGCGGAUAUCGCUCACCGCAUCGGCGGCAGAGCAGGGAUGGGAGGCGCGGUGGUGGGUCUCGAUCGCCUGGCCGGUAUUGGCAGCACGAUGGAAGAUGUGCCGGACAGGGAGGGCGGGAGCAACAUGGCGAUAGAGAAGAAAGCAGUGGGCUGGUGCACAGCCUGGAGCGAGCCAAGGAAGCAAGGGAGGGCCUACAGCGGGCAAAAGGAAGGGGAGCAUCAGGGAGAUCGGUGGGAGGGCCGAGCGAGGCAUGGGGAGAAGGAAGGGGAGGCACGGCCGUGGGCAUGA